AUGCGAUGGUGCAACUUGCAGACUGGGGAAGUGGUUGCAGCGUGUUGUUGUCGUUGGAGUUGUCGCGGCGCAGCGCCACAACUGAGCGCGCAUCUUUCACCAUACAACUUCACAUCGGUCUUCAUUUCCACGUCCAAGUUCAGGCCCAAGUUCAAGUUCAACCUCAAUCUCAACAUCAACACCAACCUCAACCUCAACCCUCUCACGAUCAGUCAACCAAAACUACCUAUACACUCGUCCAGUCCACCAGCAUACGAAGAAAUCCCCGCUAAAUCUCCCUCUGACCUUGAAAGUGCUUUCGCAACAACGAAGACAACCACCAUGAUGGCUUCGGCGCCCCGGGCUAACGCCCCUCGAAACUCUGAGGAGAUGUCCCAUAUGAUAUCAGAAUUCCAUCGACAAUCUUUAAUUUACCAACCACCUGUAGACCAGGGGAACCAACCUUCUACCGCCGGUUACGGCCUUUUUUCUAUGCAAACUUCGCUCCAGUCUCCAUCAGAACUGGAGCCGUCGCAAAGACUAUGGCCGCAGAGCGAAUUCGUGAUGAAUGUCAUCGAGGCGCCCCUAGAACACGCCAAUCCAGGGUGGAGAGAUCACGACCUUAUCAAUGCAUCGUCCCUUCGACAGCGAGCCGAGGCUGGCAUGCAAAACCCCACGGACGCGAAUGCAACCAAAUCCAUAUUCCAGAAGUCAAAAGCAUCACAAGGAGGUGUAUUUGGGCAAGGUGGAAAUUUAAACGGUGGGGGCCUUGUUGCUGCUGCGGCAACUGCUGCGGCGGCGGCCCCACGAGACGGAAAGAAAACCAUCCCCAGUCAUCUCACCCACAUGAAAUACAAAGGAUUCGAUCCCCUAGAGGCUGAAAGUACAGUAUCUGAUCCAUCGACCCACCGGGCAGAAGGCACUGCAAAGGGUACGGCAAGCUUUGGUUCCAAAGCCCGUAGGCGCACCGAUACAGUAUCGUUAGUUGAAGAGGAACAAAAGCGACGUGAUCUAGAGCACCAACUUGCCAACUUCCCUCCAAUAUUACCUGGAUGUCUCUGGAACACACUUUCUGAGGAGGAGGCGGAGAGUAGACGUGCAGCUGUUGAGGAUGACAUGAGAUUAAAAUGGAACAUUCCAUCCGCUCGCUCAUCGAGUCCGAAUUUAACUCGGCGAGCAACGUACAACAAACACGGGGGCUCAAACAGGAGAGCCUCGGUAUCGAUGGCGCACGAGGAUAAGGGGUUCUCGUCGGCAGUUGGCUCAAUUCUCGGGGCUUCUAUCUCCCAGAACCAAAAACAUGAAGCAGAGAAGCAGCCUAACGCCCUACUGCUUGCAGCCCCUUCUUCAAAUGAAAGCAAUACCUACACAUCUGUUAAGAUUUCCCACCCUCUGCUGAUCGCGAACAAUAAUACCUGGAAUCGCAUUCUGGGGCACAUGCAGAACCAUGGAACGAUAGUGAACCCGUUUAAUCAUAAAGCAAAGUUUCGAUUAAAAGCAUGUUUUCCACCGGGCACGCCGGUAGACAUACUUGCAAGCGGAGACACUAGACAAUCUGAGUAUCCGGUCAAUCCUGAAAUGCUCAGGCGAGCUAAUGAGGUAGUUAUGGGGCCCGACUGGAUUAAAAUGACAUAUGAAACAGGAUCGCAGGCAGCGGGGUCUCUCAAUUCAAAUGGAGUGCACUUCGAUGGAUUCCCAUUGGAGGUAUCCCUAUGGAACGAGACGGAUGAUCUUGGUUCAAGGAGCAGUGCCCCGACGGAGAGACCACGGUGGAUGGUUCUGUCUGGCGAUACUGGGGCGGGGAACACGCUUCGAAACCCUACAAAGUCUGCUUCGGAGCCCACUAAGACAGCAUCGCAAAGGCCUGAUAGGCAGUUGGUCGUGCUCCAUGACGAGGCCAUAUUUCUGAAGCAUCCAGGGCUGAUGGAUAGGAUAAAAGAGUUUGUGUAUGGGUACCUCUUCCAGAGCACUGCAAGAUACGACGAUGAGGGGAAUUAUAUCAAGGGGAGCGGAGGUGUCCUUUUGGACCUGUGGCACCUUCUAACGACUUGA